GCACACAUCGCAUAAGUGAUAUGAAAAAUUAUGGAAAAUUAAUUUAAUUUAACAAUUAACGAGCCAACAGCAAUAACAGCAACAGUAAGAAAAACGCGUUAAAACGUAACAUAACUAAGUGUCGGAUUGUGAACGUGUGUGUGUGUGUGUGUGCGUGUGCGUAUGUGUGUGUAUGGCGAAGAAGUGAACAACAGAAGACGAUGAACAGCAACGGCAGCAGCACAAGCGGCAUCGGCAACAACAGCAACAACAACAACAACAACAACAACGACAACAAGCAACGCAAAUUUAUGUUGUAGAGCUUAUAAAAUUUACGUGGCAGGUGUGUAGCACAUCGAGCGCAUUCCGCAUCAAACAAACCCAAUAAAUAUAUACAGACGACUUCAACAUUUAACAGGCAGUCUUAUAAAUUCAAUUGAUUUUGAUUUGAAAAAUUUCUAACGAGCGCCCAUAAAAAGCACAGCUCCAAAAGAGACAACAACAGCGCCAGAAGUUCGUAAGAAAUUCAUGCCAAGUAACAUCGUCUGCUGGUCCACACUCCAAGGUCAUAUCGGUUGCUGACUCGUUAUCGGGCACGUUGCAAGCACUAUUACUAUAUAAUAUAUACGUGUAUACAUCUGUAUAUAUAUAUAUACGAGUAUAGCCAUAUACGCUGUAUCAGUAUAUACCACCAGAAGCCAUAAGACAAAAUGUUAAGCUUGCACAAGACAAGGUGCUCGAACGGCAUGCUAACAUAUCCACCGAUGCUAAUAUUAAUAUUUGCCUCAUUCCCACUGCAAAUCGUCAGCGCAACGACAAUAGAGCUGCCGCCGCUCAUACCGAAGCUAUGCGAUACCAUCAGCUGCCCGGCCGAGUCGGAAAUACAAUGUCCCGAGGACAGUUCUCUGCGCGAAGACCUCAAUGCUGUCGAUCUGAUUAAAUCGAAAACAGUAACCACCGCACCCAUCGCCACAACACCGCAGACCGCCUUCAACUCCAGCCAAGUGUCCGCGGAGGUCUUUGCGCAGUGCUGUCUGGCCAAGAAGUGCAUUUGCAAGACAUGUUACAUACAAGACUGCAACAAGGAGGAGGGCGAGGUGGUGGUCGAACUGCAGCCGGACGCGAUGGACACGCCCGGUCAAUGCUGUGGCACAUACCAGUGUAUGCCCCAACCGAAUUGCACCGAAGUGCGCGACACCUCCUACUAUUGGCUGCAGCACUGCCAGCGCUGCCAUUGCACCUCGGGUGCUCCCAUCUGUCACCAGAGCUGUGACGAGGACAUUGGUAUUGAGAAAGCGAAUGCCAUAUGCGAGUCGAAGAAUUUGAACUCAUAUUUUCAGGAUGGCAUGAGCUGGAAGGAUGGCUGCUACGAGUGCGAAUGCGUUAAGGGCGAGGAGAAGUGUGUCAUACCGUUUUGUGGCAACGUCAAUUGUCCCACCGAGCGUCAGGUUAUCAUCAAGGACACCUGCUGUCCUGUCUGCUGGCCCCACGGCGAACCCAUGCCGCAUGAGAAACCCAGCUACGAUGAUGGCUAUGGGGAUUACAAUAACAAGAAGCCACCCCACGAGGCCAACAAUCGAAGUGACCAGGAUGAGGAUGAGGAGCUGCCGCUCCCGCCUCUGCUGCCUGUAGAUGAAGCAAGCAGCAUUCUGACGCCCACAGCAACUGCCAGUUCCCCCUCGGCCGAGCUAAACGCUAAAAUGUCCAGCACGACGAUGAAGUCAGCGGAAAAAAUUCACCCACCACCUUCCUCCGAAGUCAAUCCGCCCGACCUGCCCGACGUUGUGAUUUACUAUCGCAUUGCCAUUGCACUCUUGGUCGUUUUACUGGGCCUAGCAUUGCUAUACAUUUGGAAACUGCGCGCUAAGCAACGUUCCUAUCGGCCCGUCUCCAACUUCGAUGACAAGGUCUAGGAAAGAAGUUCACGAACUCAAACUAACUACUAAUUAACUAUUUCUCUAUACAUACUUAUAUGUUGUAUUGAUGUUGUUUCAUUAAUUUUUGUUUAUUUUAUUUUUUUGAAUUUAUUUUUUUUUGUAUGUAAACGAUCUCAUAUUAAGCUCACUUUCACUUCCAAAAAAAAAAGAAAAGAAGAAACAAAACACAAAUCCGUAUUACCUUGUUCGGAGAAUAAAAUAUGUUCAUGGCAUGGCCUGCAAGAAGGAAUGGUCUAUAAAUUUGAAACUACAAUUACGAAUCGAGAUCUCAUGAAUUAUUUUCAUUAUCUGAACAGGGCUUUAAAAAGUAUUCUAAUGAAAUUAUGCAAAAAUGAGUUACUAUCGCAACAACAACAAUUUUCACAACUUAUCGUUGAAGUCUAUAUGUAUUUACGUAUGUAUAUAGGAUACGGUUGCCAUUAGAGUGCGCCAAAUCUACGAUUAGUAUUAAGCACAUGAUUAUCAUAAUUAUAAUGCACGAACCUUAAUACCAAACAAUUUAAAGAUAUACGACGAACGAGCCUAAGCUCCCCACUACGAUGUACAUUUAAGAUAAUAGCGCCCAUGUUCGCCAUUGAUAGUAAUUAGCAUACUAUAUAUAUAUAUAUAUAUGUAUACAUAAAGCUAUGCAUAAGAUGUAAUAUCUAUGUGAUAUUUGCCAAUAAGGUAAUUUUAUAAACAGAAGCUACAACUUGAAAAGGGCCCACUUGAAAAACCUUCACAAUUAUACCUAAAGAGCAGCGUUUCUGUUUAUAAAAACAAAAAACAAAGAGAUAUGGAUAAACUAUAGCUAUUUUGAAUACCAUAUACAAAUACAUAUGUAAAUCAAAUAAAAAGCAUAUAAGCCAAGCGAAUACACAAUGCCAA